AUGUUCAAACGACAGCGUCUUCCUCUGAAAGAUUUCUCCGCUGAGAUUCGCGCCAGUUUGGACAUAGAGACAUUCAUUAAAGAGGCCACGUUUCUACUCAGCUUGAACGGAUCUGACAUUGAGGAGAUUUUGGAAUCCAUGUUGACUGCUGUGUUAUCCAAUCCAGCUCGGGCCGGUACACCACAUCUGGUCGGUACCGGUCAGAGCACUAUCACAGCGAAUGACCCCGGUUUAGGUGAGAUAGAGGCCAACCAGUGGUCACGCACAUCCGCAUCUAUCACUUCAACCGCAACCCGGCGUUUUCCUUUUUCAUUACCGGGAACUUCUAAACACGACCUGAGUAAGCUGAUUGCUGAAGCGAAGAAGUCCCUUCUUCUACAAGUCACCUAUGAGGAUCACAAAUAUGCUGAUUUACUGAUAGGACGUAUUAAUGGAAGCCUGAGUGUGGAGGGUGAUUGUGGUCAAUCGGAAUCACAUAGAUAG